GACAAAGAGUUUCACAGGUUGCUUCUGAUCCUUGACCCAUCGAUUCAGGCAAUCAUUGAUGCGUACUUGGCAUCUUGCAAGCGCACUGCUGGUUUGUACUCUGAUGAUGAUGAGGAUGCCAAUGCUAUGGACUCGGAUCAAACCGCCGGAGAUGAGUUUGUAGAGUUUCAGCGUUGGUUGGAUGCACAGGCUACUGGUGAACUUCUUGCCCAGCGACGCAGGGAACUUCUGAAGGUGAUCCAGGAGAAGAAGGCCGAACUCCAGAAGAAGCAAGCCAUGAUGCUCUUCUUAGUUUGGCGGCUGCCGGAUUCAGCAGUGAUAGGCUUUGUUCCUUUGCCAGCAGCUCCUCUUGCUGUAGCUGGAGAUCGUGAUGAGACGCAGCCUUUGGUUGAUCCUGCUGAGAUUGCAGCUGCAGCUUCUUCUGCUUUCAACAUGGUGAUGCCUAUGGAGGACACAGAUUUGCCAUCUGACCCUGAUGAGGCCGACGGUGUGCCCGUGCUGACCCGUCGAGACCAGCUGAAGAAGAAGGAGCUGGCAGCAGAGGAGAGGAAGCAAUCCAAGGAAGCGAGAAAAGCAAAUGCUAAGGCAAAGGCCAAGUCCAAAGGGAAAGCUUGUGAUAAAGGUGAGGAGGACAACGAGGAUCCACCAAAGGAGGAUCCACCAGCUAGGAGUAGGAAACGAAGGUCAUCUGUGGAGAAGCCUGAUGGAGAUGCUGCGGUGAAGGCUGAACCCAAGAAAAGAGUUCCGAGGGCCAAGGCCAAAUCGGAGGCAAAGCCUGUGUCUGAGGCUCCUGAGCCAUCUGGAAGUGAGCCUGUGCCCAAACCGAAGGCACGUGGCAGGCCCAAGGCCAAGGCCGCUGCGGAAGCAACAGCUGCUGCGGAGAAGGAGCCGGAGGAGGGAGACAAAGUACAGAAUGAGAUCGCAGAAAAGAGCAUGGAGGCCAAGCAGGCACCAAAGAGAGCACCAAAGAGAGCAUCAAAGAAAAAAGCAAAGGCAGCCAAACUUGAGGAGGAAGAGGAGGUCAAUACUCCAAAGAAGAAGCUCUUCGAGUCCGACGAUGAAGCUCAGGAUUCUGAGCAUAUGCGCAUUGACCCCAAGUCUGGGGAGCCAAAGCCUCUUUCCCAGAUCUAUGAGACUGACAAGCCAGAGGAGUGGAAACGCACCCGGCCAAAGAAAGUUGCCAAGCGCAGAAAGAAGGAUGAGGAGAACACCAUGAGGGAGCAGCUCGUGGAAGAUUCCCGCGUCCAGGGAAUCUUCUUGCAGCACAUGAAGGCUGUGGAUGGCUUGGAGAUUGGUGAGCUCAAGAAGUACUUAAUUCGGGUGGCUCCCAGAGACCUCAAGAAGUUUGUGCUUGAUCCCUAUUGGGGGCGCGAAGCUUGUGGCGUGAAGUCUAAGGAGCUUGCGUCGGAGACCACCUUGCCUCAGGUUUGCUACAUUGGGCGUUUUGGCACUGCUUCUUGGAUGGACGAUCUGAACAAAGAUGACAUUUCCGAUUACGCUGAUCCCACCAGUCGAGUGAAGCAGCAUGAGGACCAUUCCACCUUCAAAUUCGUGGAGCUCUUUGCAGGACAGGCUGCAGCCACCAAGGAGUUUCGAUGCGCCAAUUUGAGAGCAGCUCAAUCCUUGGAUGCACUCGCUGCCAUGCAAACGCAGGUUCGCUCGCGAGUCCUCGAGAUGUUGCAGAAUGGCGACAUCGACAGUGCAAUGGCACGGCAACUCCUGGGUGGGGAUGUUGGUGAGGGUGCUUCUGGCAAAAAACGGUCAGUGGAUCAGAUCUCUCAAGAGGGUGGCAAUGGUGAGAUUCAUACUCCCAAGGAAACCCCAGGCACUUCAGAAGAUGGGGCUAGCCCUGGUGAAUCUGUGGAUGAACUGUUGGAAAAGGUGAAGCGGGCAAAGCUGGACCAGUUCAUCAAGUACAAAAAGCUCAGUUCCACUAAGAGCAAGAAGGAGUUGAGUGAUGUGGCAGUUGGGUGGUAUUCAAAAGAAGACAUGCAAAAGGUGUUGAAAUGGAAUGCGAAGAAGAUCACCGGAGCAGUCAAGUCUUGUGAAGCGGAUCCAGAGCACUUGAUCCGGACACAAGUGAUCUUCCUGGGUCCUAUAAACAGCUUAGACAUCCUGGUGCCCAUGAGGCAUUGCAAGUACGGAGGCGAAGAUGAGUACUAUGUGGAAGUGCGCGAGACUGGCAACUUCCAACAGGAGAAGGUGGACACUGAAAGCAGUGUGGAGCGAACCCAGGCAGCCCGGGCAAAGGAUGUCUUCGGCAAAUAUGUCGAAUCAGUGCUGGCAAAGAGUGGCAAGCUUCGCAGUUUGAUUACUGAACUUCAAAAAAAUUAUCCUGACGAUGUUAUGGCCAAAAAGGCCAUUGUCCAGCUGAACUCCGAUCUCGCUAUCCUGGACCAGGAGUACAACAAGCUGUCUGAUCACGUGGCCCAGGGUGAAAGGGAUAGCCACAAUCAGUUGACUGCAAAAAAGCAUUUCCAGAAGGUCCAGGUCGCGAAGGAGGUCGUGCUGGCAAAAGCGCAAAGCAGUUUGCGACCAACAUUGGCGAGGGAGCUAAUGACUCAGCUAAUCAGUGAGCCUUCAGUUUGCUACUUGCUGUGGCAGUACUAUGACAAAUGCUCGAAGGCCAGCUGCUUGAGUCAGAUCCGAACUGCAAAGGCGGUUGUUCAGGAUUUUGGUGAGGAAGAAGCUGCUCGCAAGGGUGUAUUGAAAUGGGCCAGAGCUAGUGAAAUACACCCAGAAAGAGAUAGUCACCAAGUCAUCAAGAAACAGAAAUCUAUUCUGGACAUACCUGUGAAAACAAUACAGUGUGAUGGGAUUCCUCUACCUUGGAUCUCUCCUGAAUCCUGGUUGGUCUACUUGGUGGACAAUGGGUUGUGGCCGUUGCUAGCGGGAUGUGAACGUCAUGACUACGCUGGGGCUGAUCACAAUUGGUCUCGCUUCUGGGAGGCUUACAAGAAGAUUGACCCAAGUUUUGACUUGUUUCAUAUGGAUGGGAUAGACUAUUCCAAAACCGCUGCAAUGCUGAUACACGGUGACGAGGGAAGAACCUUAAAGAAGAAUGGAAUAAUGAUUACAAGUUUGCAGAGCUGUUUGGGUCGUGGCUACGAUGAGAAACGAGUCAGGAAAGAAAAUGACAAGCUGCAGGUCAAUUUUGCUGGCCAUUCUUUCACUUCAAGGUACAUUUUGAGUACUAUCCCGAAGACUGCAUACGAAACCCAUCCAGAGGCAUUUCACAAAGCUAUUGACCAUGUGGCCAGGUCAUGUAGCAAACUGCUUGAACAUGGGUAUGUUGACAAAGCCCGGGGCAAUGAGCUCUACAGAGUUGUGAUUUUGGGAGUCAAGGGUGAUGCUCCAUAUCUUCAAAAAGUUGCACAUUUCUACCGGAGCUACAAUACUGCAGUUAAGAGGGGCGAUGAACGUGGUCCACCAAAAGGCUGCUGUCCGUAUUGUCUUGCUGGUACUAAUGCUUGUGCUGCUGAAGAGAUUGGGACUGACAACCCCCGUUGGCUUCGCUCAGUGGCGGUGAAACUUCCUUGGGUCAGAACUCCGGCCCUCAUCCAACACUUGGUACAUGAUCGUUCAGAUCCUGCGGCCUUUUUCAAGUCGGACAUCUGGCACAUAUACCACUUGGGAUUUGGUCGUUCCUGGGUGUGCAGUGUGAUUCAGGUUCUGCUGCCUUACCUGCCUCUUCCAAACUUGGAUGAAAAGUGGGCCUACUUGAGCGAUCAUUACAUCAACUGGUGUAGAUCGAACCGGCGGCAAAGUCAUGUGACGCGUAUCACUCCGUACCUCAUGAGCUAUGGGGAUGCCACAGGUACAUUGGGCAAUUGGAGUAAAGGCGCUCUAACGACAAAUUUCAGUGCUUGGCUUGUCGAUUUAUUGAGCUCUGGACCUCGUGAUCCAGAUGGGCUGUUGAUGAAAUGUUGUACAGCAACUCGCAGGGUGAACAGUAUGUUCAGUACAUUGUACAGGGCUGGUGCAUUUCUUGGGGAAGAGGAGUGUGCCUUUGUUGCUGAACAGGGCCAACAGUUUUUGGUUUGCUACGCAGACAUG